UUUUUCAAUGUAAAGUAGGAUCUUGCUAUAAAAGCAGCAGCCCUAAGCAACCUUUUGAAGUUGCCACUAUAGAGAACACCACCACAAGUAGCAGCCAUGCCUGUAGAAGGAGGGAAAACGGAUAUGGAGAGGAUUGGCCUCUUCAGUGAGAUGGGAUAUGUUACUGUUGGUGAUAGAUAUGUGUCAUCAUUUAAUCGACCCUUUAAUGAAGCUGCAAGCAAAAAUAGACAGAUGUUACCUGGGGGAUCCAAAGAAAUGUCAAAUCUCCAGGCAGGUUAUUUUGAUCCCCAUUUUGCAAGGAUUUUUGAAGGCGAAGGCUAUGUAAGUCUGAAUCAAGUGAGGAGACGACAUAUGAUGGAAGAAGCCAGAAAAAAUCUAGGCAAAGCCUUCCUCCCUAGUAGUGGAGAUAAAAAGCCAUGUGGAUUAGGAAGCUACUAUGGGACAAUAGGAGGUCCAGUCCCAUUCUUCAGUGCACAGUUAAAACCCAGGGCAAAAUAUGAGGCACCUGGAAAGAAUUUAUACACAAACCCAGGAAAGAAAGGAACUGGAUAUGGCUAUGCAAAUGUUACCAUAGGUAAACAGUUUUCACACUCUGCUGAUUUCUAUGAUGCACCAAAACUAAAUUAUAAGAAAGAGAAUGAACAGCACCAUCAUUUACUUAAAGGGACACCUUUCAAGUUAAAUCUUUACCCAAGGGAGUAUUUUGAUUCUAAUCCUUAUUUUUUUGAGAAACCUUUACCACCAAUUAAAAAAGCAGAGAGGAAAGAAUUACUUCCAAGCCCUUUUAAGCCCUCCUCUCCUGGUAAAAAGGCUGGUGGAAUGAAGGCAGGAACAUUUGACCCUUACCCUUCACAUUCUGCUGACCCUUAUGUGGUUAAGUUGGCAAAGCAGAUUUCCAGGAAAGAUGUUAAGAUUUUCCAUCCACCAGGUGGACCAAAAAGCAGACCAAUUGAAAGUAUAAUGACUUUGAAUGUCAAAAGGGCACUAAAUAUGAAGAACUACAAGACUGCUUCAGUACAGUCCUAUUAGCAUCUGGAAGACAAAUAGCUUUCUAGAUCCUGACUCUCAGUAACUCAUCAUCAAGUGCUAAUUAUUUGAAAAAAUAUAAGAUGUUGUGGGACAGAUAGCUAAAGCAUCAAAAGAAAUUUAAGCCUGCCACUAUAAUACUCUUUCUUGUUUUAGUACUGUUACUUAAAGAAUAAAUAGAAUUUGUUAAUAAUUUAACAUAUGAUUACUGAUCUAUGUUUACAUCUGUGUG